AUGGUCAUCUUCAACGAUGAUACGCUGCAUCAAAUCGCGGCCCUCAAACAAUUAGCAAAGCUGCUCUAUGACACUUGUGAGACGUCAGUUCUUACCUAUCAUGUACAAAGUGAGCUCAGUCAGCUUAUUCUCGUUCUCGGUCUCUCGGGGAAGCACUUCAUUGAGCGCUCAGAGAAUCAAGAGUUUCAAGAACAGAGGAAGUUGAGGAUUUAUCACUCUAUCCUGGUAGACUUGAAGAAACUCCAAAGAAGUAAUCCCGAGGUGAAUUCGCCAGAGCUCGUCGAGGAUGUCCGGGCCUUAAUCAAUGACGUGAUAUUUGGCCUUAGCGCUAUGAAUGCCCACAUGGUAGUAUCCUCGCAGAAUAAGCUAAACCAAAUGCUACGGGACUAUAUUGUUCACGUUGCUACCGGAGCACGAGACGCAAACUUGGUAUCCAAUGUAUUCAAGGACGGUUCAUUUUUCGAAAAGGACAAGGCAUGGACGAAUCUACAGCAAGAGCUACAGGAUUUUGGCAUAACGCCAGAGCAGUCUUUCCAGGAACAGGACUUUAUCCUGACGACUCUCAGAAAAGCAGCACUCGAGAGCAGGCUCCUGGGUAAUAUCGUUCCAAAGCCGGAGCCAGAGAUACCUAUACCCCCCUCGCCAACAACAUUCACCAACUCGUCGAAUACGGAGAGAGGGUCCUCGUCCGAGUAUUCAGAGACCUCAAGCGAGUAUCUCGAGGACGAAGAUUGGGAUAAUGAAUCAUUACUGGUCGAUGACAUCCCAAUUUCCGUGGCUGUCGAAAUCGAGGUUUCAAAUCGCCAGGUACCACGAAGACUGCCGGGGAGGGCACUCGACGACUUCCCCGAGGCCAGGGAAAUAUUCAGCCCACUCGAUGGAUACGACAAUCAAAUGGCCUUCCGACCUUCAGUGAUAUCAAAACCGGAAGCUUCCUGGGUAUCGGGUGACUCUGCAGACCAAAGCCCCGGCUACAGUGCCGUCCCUAUAAAGCUCGAAGCCAGAGGCCGCUCUGCAUCCGAAGGGAAUUUCAACCGAUUCUCCUUAUCCUCAAUAGCACAGGUGGCAGUCAAGAGGGGCAAGAGACCGAAUCUCAUGAGUCGAAUGAAAUUCAAAAUGACAAAUAACAAAGGCGAGUUAUGCUCAUUAAUCAAGAUGGGCGAUGUAUAUGCAAUCAAAUGUGCACUGGCAAAGGGCGCCAGUGCGAAUACGGAGAACCCGCUCGGACAAACAGGUUUGAUCAUCGCUGCCUCUUUUGGUCACUACGAUGUUGUCAUGCUUCUCAUGGACCACGGCGCAAAGCUAGACGCCAUGGGUCAUGGUGGUGAGACUGCACUUUCCGUGGCUACCUUGCGCGGAUAUAAUGAUAUAGCUGAGCUACUCCUAGACCGUGGUGCGGAUCCGAAUGCUGCAUCUGUUUAUGGGAAACCGGCUCUCUCACAGGCGGCAGGGACCGGUAAUCUGGCUUUAACUAAGCUGUUGCUGGACUUUGGUGCGGAUCCCAAUGGCAUUACUGCUUCGGGGGAGACGGCGCUUUCUUAUGCUGCUACAUGUGAUCGUUAUCAAGUGGCACAGUUAUUGCUUAGCAGUGGAGCUUAUGUUGAUAAGACUGGUCAUGCUGGUCGGACGCCUCUUCUUAAGGCUGUUGGUAAAGGCAGCAGACGGAUGGUUGAGUUGCUGCUGGAUCAUGGGGCUGAUCCUAAUCGACAGGAUAGUCGCCAGCAGACUCCGUUGAUACAGGCGAUUCAGCUGGGCAAAUCUGAAAUUCUGGCCCUAUUUCUGAAGUAUGGAUAUGGCCCGGACAAUGGGUCUGGGUCUGCCUUAGGAAACCUGGGCAAGAUGGCUGGAGAUAUCACUCAUCGAAUGUCAUUGUUAUAG